AUGGAAUUUACUGAUAUUGUUCAAGAUGUUCUGCCUAUUCAACCCUUUUUGACAGAUUGGCAUGUUCGUGCGACAUGGAUUGCCUUUAUGACACUGUGGGUCUUUUGGGGUCUUACUUGGUUUGUUCGUAAUGCUUUUGGUGGUGAUUCAUCUACUCAUGCACAUAACGUACAAUCCAAUACACAUCAAAUAAGUCAUGAUCCUGCUUUAAACAGUACUGCCGAUCCAGAAACUGCUGCUACUGCUAAUACUACUACAGAUCAUAAAAAGGGAUUCUUGCCUGCUCCUGCUUGGUCUGUCAAGGUCUUUAAUCGUUUAAACCGUGCUCAUGAUAUGCUAAGAGACUUGGUGAUUAUGUUAUUGUCUGUCUUGACACUCAACUCUUUUGCCCGUGCUUCUACCCGUGCUGUCAUGAUUAUUGCUUGGCUGUUUGUUGCCUUUGCCUUUGUUUAUUUUGUGCUUGAAGUGUCUGUUGAACAUCGUUAUCUUCGAUUGUUGUAUUCGCUUACCUUUUAUGCACUUGGAUUGGCCAUUGUUGGUCUUGCUUAUGCUCAAGGAUUUUAUUAA